AUGCACUUUUUCCUCAGUGGAGGGUAUCAAUAUAAUGGCACCUGCAUAGCAGAUGUUGACGAGGAAGAAGUGAGGACAACGACCGAGGAAGUGAAAAAAGCAGGUAGGAGUAUUGAUCAAUAAAAUGCAUUUCUACCAUCAAGAACAAUACGAGAAGGAAACUAGGGCCAGUUGAUUUUCACAAAGACUUCUGGCAUCGUUACUAAGGACGCGCAGGUAUAAGCUGUUCCCUGUCCCUAGUAACAGUCUCUGGGGUCCUUGCGAAAGUUAACGUCUCUGCCCGGGGACACGUUUUUCGAAAGCCCCGAUAACUAACGGGCCCGUUAAGCUGUUGUUUUUUACAUGCAAGAUAGAGGUUUAAAAAGUUUUGCACCUAACAUGAUAAAGCUAUCAGUUAGUGAAACACAAUGGAGUAGUUUGCUAGCCAGGACCCGCGCCCUUAUUCUUUAUAUUUCGAUUUGAAUAUUUGAUUUCGGGCCCGAAAAGUUAUCGGGACUUUCGAGAAACGGGCCCCAAGGCCUGUUUCUCGAAAGUCCCGAUAACUUUUCAGGCCCGAAAAGCUGUUUUGUGUUUCUUGUGUUUGCAUUCAAAAUAAAUGUUUUAAUAAUUUUGAAAAUAGUACAAUGAAACUAUCCGUUAACGAAGCAAAAUUGACUGGUUUGUAGGCCAUGAACUGUGCUACUAUUCAAGAGGUUUUGAUUUUAAAACUUGCCUUCUUUUCGGUUCAGUGUUCGAGAAACGAGCCCCGGUCUCCUUGUCGUUGGUAAAGUGCAAAUGAAGAUGCAAAUCCACUAGCCUAAGAUCCAAUUGACUUUAUCAAUAGAUCGAGCGAGCUGUCAAAACGUCACAAUCUUCCUUUAUCUAAAAUGCCGGCUACAUCGUGAGACAAGGAAUAAUUUGCAAUUUCCAAUGCUGGGAUUAACUUAAAAUUUCUAAUCAUAUUUGAAUUUGAUUCUUUUCAUUCUAUAAACACCAAUGAAAUAUCAGGUAAGUCCUUCGCGAAAUCAUGAUAUCUUUACACGUGAAAAAUGACUGUGGCUAUGGCUACAAUUAUAAAUCGCGCCUCUCGCGGCAAAAAAGUGUUCAAGUUAAAUGGUGUCGUAUUUCAUGGCCUCCCUACGCAGGCGCUUUUAGAGGAAGCGUAUUUCCAGAGAGGGGAGAUACAAACCCAUGGAAGGGCCUUCGCCAUUUUACAUUCCGACAAGUACCUGGGGACGAGGUUGAUACGCCUUUCCAGCUCCCACCCCCCACCCCCCUUAAAGCACCUGCUUUAGAGGCGAGGUUUUAAUGUCACUGCUGUUUAUAUGACAAAUGGGAAAUAUUACACUAUAUAAGUCGCUUGGAGAUCCCAAAUUUCUCUUCGAGUGUUGAAAAGUAUUUCACUCGUUCGCGCAUUUUCAACACUUGACUUGAGAGAGAAAUUGUUGAUAAACAUUGUUAAUACCAAUGGUUGCUAUUUGAUCUAGGUAUCAAGAAUGUGGUCAUCGUUGGAGUUUUUUCCCCUGUUUCUGGGAAACAAGAAGACCAAGUAGGCGCUAUCAUCAAAUCAGUUUGUCCAGACAUGAGUAUAACCCUCUCCCACGAAGUUGGCCUCAUCGGACUUCUAGAGCGAGAGAAUGCAGCUGUACUCAAUGAGAGUCUGAAGCCACUUUGUCAUCGAACAGUAAAAGCAUUCUGUGGCGCUUUGAAUCAACUUGGUUUAAAGUGCCCUUUGUAUUUGACCCAGAAUGACGGAACUAUAAUAAGGUAUAAAACGAAAUAGGCCAUGCGAGUUGCCCCAAGCCUCUGUUUCAAAGUGAGGCUAAGUGUGAAUCUAUUGAUAUGAAAAAUAUCUUUUAUUCUCAUGCAAAUAAACUCAUUUUCACAAGAAAGGUUUUUUACUUAGCCUCGUUUUGAAAGUGAGAGUUUUUGGAACUCGGAAAUGGCCUGAUUGGGUUUUCUGUUUAUCUGGUCGUGAAAUGAAGCAUGCAUAAGAACACGAGAAAAAUUUGUAAACAUUUAAUGUUCAACCAUACCUAAUCUCUAUACCGUUUUGCUGAGUGCGCCUACGCGCAUGGUUUACAACUGUUUCAAUGAAUUCAGUUUUCUGUACACUCUUGUUGAGAAAGUUGCCUCAAGAACAACUUUUUGAACUGAUCGGCAAAGUUAGUGUUAUUCGUUUUAUGAAAAUUUUAUCUCUGGAGAUCACUGAAAUUCUUUUGACCUUGCAUGGAACUUUCGUUUUACCAGCUUUUUGCUGGCAAGCAAGUGAGAAAACCUAAUGUACGUAUUUAUCAAAUGCCCUUUAAGCGGCAGGUCCCCUGAACAUAACUCAGAGACGUCUGUAAAUUCUUCUCCUUAAAGUUUAUUUCUUGAAUCUUUGUUUCGCAGUGCGGAGCGCAUUAGACAUCUCCCAGUUUAUACGUUUGCAUCAGGUCCAACGAACAGUAUGCGAGGAGCUGCCUUUCUGUCAGGAACCAAAGACGCAAUAGUAAUAGACAUCGGAGGAACAACCACUGAUGUAGGAUUGAUCAAAGGCGGAUUUCCAAAGCAAGCGUCUACCAGAGUUAAGGUGAAGAGAAAUCUAGGCUAUGCUUUACAUUCAGGAUAACUUGUCAUUAUUGUAGGCCCAAAAGGACUAAGAGUUGCAUUUUAUGGCUGUGGAAAGUCGAAAAAACGUUCUGGUUAGAGGUUUAUUCAUAUCUUAAAGAGAGCACAUUUACAGCAGUUACUGACUAUAAUUAAAAGGCCGGGAUGAAAUGUUCUAAACAAGGUAUGUAAAAGGAGUACCAUUUUCCAACGGAAGUUACACGAUAGGGGUACUGUUUCUGCCAAAACUGGUAUAUAAAAGGGUAAGAGGUUAGACCUGGGGGGAGCCUCUUGGUAUAAAAUUUUACUGAGUACCCCUGGGGCUUGCAUUGGCGGUGUUAGCGGUUUCAGUUCUUAUAGCACCCGGUCUUACUUUUUUCUAUGAACUAACUUAUGUCCCUUGGUAAAUCACUUUUACUGUGACCUUAUGAACACAGAUAGGAGGAGUGAGCACAAACUUCCGGAUGCCCGAUGUACUAAGCAUACAACUUGGAGGUGGAUCAGUAGUGCAGAAAAAUGUUAGUAUCCUCAGUGUGAGUAUAACUUUUCUAGCGAAAAUUCUCAUAAGCAAUUUCUGAGAUUGUUGGGCCAACAAUAUUAGGAGUUGUUGCGUCCGUGUUGGCAGUGGUAUACAAACGGAUGCAACAACUCUCAACAAUAGUGGGACCUGCAGUGCAUCGUGGGAAGGAUACAACCUAUAAGACCUAAUGCGCGUGCGUGGCCCUAACAAUUUAUUGGAAGAGAUGUCCCGUUCGACUCUUUCGUCUCUGCUAUCUUGAACCGUAGAUAGCGGAAUACUGACUCAUAUAAGUACAGGGUAUCUAAAAUUUCCUUUGCCUUACCAGGGUCUGGAAGGUUAUUUUCGGGAUACGAGAUUUGACCAAAAUACAAUGCGGGACUCUGGAAAACGCAAGAUAUCUUAACGGGAAAUGUAUUUACAUUCGGUGGAGCUAAAUGAAGUGGCCGUGUCAGAGAAUGUAAAUACUUUCCUAAUAGUUGUAUGAACGCACGUGAGCCUUUAUGGCGUUAAUGCACUCUAUUUUGUCAGGUAUAUAAGGUUUUGAAAUAUGUAAUGUAUUCAUUUCAGCUCUUGAACUUUCAACUUUUGUUUUUUAUAUCUUUUUUUAUUUAUCUAUUGAUUGAUAUUUUACCUUUUGCCCCCCAGAGGUUGAGCUACUGCAUUGGUUGGGGAAUACGUUCCCAAAUUUUCCAUUGGGUUUUUGGAUUUUUGUAUCAGGCGGCGCACGUGAUUAGUUUAGCCUGAUUGAAUUUAUUAGGGAAUAUUUGUAUAUCAUUCUUUAGUCAUGAUGUUGAACUUUGUAUGUCAUUCGGAUGGCAAUAAACCCCCAUUCCAAUUUAAGCACUCAUUUCACUUGUGCUUGGGAGACCACCUGGGGUUUGCUCCUGGGAAUUCUUGGUGGGGGUGUGCCGCCCAAUUCUCCAAAUCCUGACCCUAUUUCAGACCAAAAAACGUCAUUUUUUCACACCUGGCCUCUAAGAAAUUAUGUCAUCGUUACUUAGAUUAGAACAGCAACGAAAAAGAUGUCUUAAAAUCCAUUUCGAAUUCGCAUAUUUCUCUUUCUUACUCAUUUGAAAUUGAAAGAAUAAAUACGUUGUUACACGCCCGUAGUUCUCUUGAAACAAUUCCCGAUUCCAGUCCAAAAUGGGCAAAGUCUAUACCCGUUUUCAAAUCAAAACGGCGCAAAAACCCUGGGGCAGCACAUACCUAUUUGGCUUAUAUAGGGGUGUACCUUCCCCCGAUGACCAUUGGAAUGUGCUUGAGUUUCUGUAUUAUCCAUAUUUCGCUAGGGAGAAAUAACAGUUGGUCCCAGAAGUGUUGGGUACAAGUUGACUUCCGAAGCCCUUGUUUUUGAGGGAGGAAACACUAUGACUUCCACUGAUAUAGCUGUCGCUUCUGGUUUUUGUGAUAACAUUGGAGACAAAGAAAGAGUGAAGCACAUUCCUGAAGAAGUCAGGACUGGAUCACUGAAAUUUAUCAAAAAGAAAAUUGAAGCAGCAAUAGAUCGUGUUAAGGUACUCUUUUACGUUCAAUAAUUGGAACAUAAAUAUUUGGGAUAAGUCUCAUUUAGUUUCUUUGUUUUUCGUAAUCCGCAAGUCAAUGUACAAUGCUCAUAAAACGGCAGAGGAGGGUUUGGAAUUAUGAUCAUUGAAAAGCUGUUUUUCAGUCAACAUUUAAACAGAAUUAUGAAAGUUGCUCAUCAUAAGAUCAAGUUGUUAACCUGCAUACCAGAUAUUUGGCAACACAAGCUGGCGCCGCCCCUUUUCGUCUUAUGACUUCGUCUGUAAUCUAGCCGGUUAGCGGGAAAGAUUAAAUUAUCUAUUUUCGUGUUCUUUUUUUAACAGAUAAGCAAGGACGAUCAGUUAGUUAUACUUGUUGGAGGAGGUAGCAUUCUUGCAAAUCCAGAGAAGUCACAAACUUUGAAAGGCGCUUCUAAAGUUGUUUGUCCUGAGUAUUAUCAGGUAUUUUUGUGUAUACUAUAUAGAUUGCGCGUUAGAUCGCACACAGCCUUACCGAGCUAAUAAUUACUUUCUAUUCUUUAUUAUAGUGAUGACUUGUGAAACUUAUCGUGUCGAAUUUGCGUGCCAAAUCUUCUUGAUUUAGAUGGUAUCGAAAUUUUGCAAAGCGUUGAACAGCAUUAUCUAUGUUCUGAUACUCGCAAUGCGAGCAUAAGCUGAUUCUGAGCAGAAUUCGUAAAAGUGUAACCCUGAAGAUCGGAGGAUCGAGACUUCCAGUGACGGUGUCACGAAAAGCUCAAGUCGGCCGCUCCAGAUUUCUCAGACUAGUCAGGCUAGUCCAAGAAAGAAAUGCCCAAAAGGCAAGUGACAGCGAAGUGAAUUUUUUUCAGUUUGCUCUUUCUGCUCAUUUUAUCCAGGUUGCAAAUGCUGUAGGUGCCGCCUUAAGCGAAGUCAGUGGAACCUUUGAUCAGGUAAUUUCCAUGGACAACACAACUCGUGAAGAUGCAAGGACUUAUGCCGAGAAAGAAGCAAAAAGAAAAGCUGUCGAAGCAGGAGCUGACGAGAAAACCUUAGAAGUGAUCGAUGUGGUAGAAGUUCCUCUCGCCUACCUGCCUGGAAAUGCUGUGCGUUAUUAUUUGAAGGUGAUUGGAGAUCUGAAAGAGAUUUACAACAGCAACAGUCAAGAGGCAUUCUCAGGUACCGUAAAAUUUCUUAAGGAACGAGCGAGGAAUUAGCAACCUUAAAGGCUCGCUACCCAGGAGCAAACUGAUUUGUUUAACUGUUGCUUUAUGAAACUGCCACGACGACAGCAGAUAGAUCUAAUGACCAAAUCUUAACUUCCUCUGCCGGGGAAGUAUGAAUGCAAACUUUUUAUUUGAGAGUGAAUCCUAACGGAUGAAUUUUGAUGUAUUCUGAGUUCUUGUACACAUCUAUAUGACUGACACGUUUACUUGGACAGUUUACUGUGGUCUUUUUCGUGGGUGCUAAAAACUAAUGUGUCUCUUAAACUCUUGCAGGCGGGGAAUCAAGCAAAGUAGAACUAACCGAUGAGCCCUCUUCUUUCGACCAAGCCCCUGUUUCUUCAGAUCGGUUCUGUGACCAGGGAGACGCCAUUGUCUUUAAAGAACCCUAUAUAGAUCCAGCAACUGGGGACUGGAUACUAAAUAAAUUUGAUAUCGAAUGCAUUUCCAUUGGAGCAGGCAUAUUGGGAUGUGGUGGAGGGGGAAGUCCAUACCUUGGCAGAUUAAGGACUCUGGAACUGCUCAAGGCCGGGAAAGAAAUCCGCAUCAUUCACCCUAACAAGUGAGCUAAAUAUCUUGCAAAGAAAGGAUGAAGAUUUCCUGUCUACUUUACUGACAGACUUGACUGGCUAGUAGUGCUAUAAAGUGGUACAUUCUCUACGUGGAAAUACAGUGGAACUUGAAUUUCCUUUAGGACACCUCCAUUACGGGGACACAAAAUUUGGUCCUGGAAAAAUGUUCUCAUAAUCUUGUGUCUUUUACCUCUAUUGAAGGGACACCUCUAUACAGAAGACACCUUAGUACUCAAAACGUGACUGACCACAAAAGGGUUGAUAACCCUUAGGUGUACACUUAACACACUGAUGUCAGCUUUCACAAACUAGACGUAUCUCACUUAAAUCAAUGUACAGCACUUGUGGAAAUUCAACAUACAAUAUCGCAGAGAUGGUUUAUACAUUAUCAAGCUGCGCUAUAACUACUGCAGCCAAUUCUGAAGCAGAAUAUAUAAAAAAAUAAAUUGCCUUUGUUUGCUAAUCAUUAAGGUGGCUGAACACAGUUUUGCGGGUGGUCAGCGGUAGCCCGUGUUUUAAAUUAGAUAAACAGACAUGGCGGCGAAAAAAGCAAUGGUACACAGAAGACGAUUUCUCAAAAUCUACUAAUUAAAAUUUUGUGAUAUUCGGCAGAAUUUUUACUUUUAUCUUAUUUUAAAUAAUGAAAACUUUAAAAUGGGAGAUGAACAGACGAAUUCUGUGACGCAUUUUAAUUACAGUACAAUUGCAUUAUUGAUUAUCUAAAAAGCCGUCCGUUAAAAUUCUGUCAAAUAAGUUUCAAAUGGUAAUGAUUAAUUACAGUAAGCUGUGUGCAAGUUUAUAGGAAAAUCUAAUGAGCGAAUUUUAUGUAAACUGAGCGAAACGGAAAUUUAAAGGUUGUAGUCAAUCGUAUAUGUUACCAUGGAAACUACAAAAAAGUCAAAUUUUACCUGUCAAUAAAAAUCUUUUAUCGGUAUAUUUUUUCACUUGCCAAGUUUCAGCUUGUGAGCUGUAAUUAACCUUUCUCUUGCCAUGAUUUGGCAAAUCACAACUGCCAAAACGGUGUUUCCCAGCCUAACCUCCAUUCAAGAGACACCUGCCUCGGUCCCGAGGGUGUCUCCUGAAUAGAGGUUCCACUGUACUAAGCUUUCUCCGUCCCUGCAGUUUUAAUUUUAUUGCUUUUUUUUCCCUUUAGAUUAGGAUCAUCUCCUAGUUUGACUGGUCCUGUGGGACUAACAGCUUUAAUGGGUGCACCAAUGAUCGAUCUUGAGAAGUUGUUCAGUGGUCGGGAAAGUAAUUCAGCCCUGGAGGCAGUUCAAACGAUUUUGUUUAAUGGCGAUAAGGUUAAAGAGAAAACUGUUACUGAUGGAAUUAGGAUAACCGAGGAUGUACAGCUUUUAGAGAAAGCGCAGGUAUUGCUACUAAUUAUUGUGUUUCAGUUAAUAAUACUGUAAACGUUACUUUGUAUUCGGACAAUUAAAAAAAAGCACUUUACUUGAGUGUCCAGGUAUUCAUAUAACAAGAAAGUACUAAUCGGGGACACUAUUUUUACGUCUCCAUCUGGAGAUAGGACCUCCAUUUUACGUGGUCAUCCGAGCCACCCGAAGGUCUAGCUGCUUGCAGUCUGCAAAGGAAGUACCUUCAUUUCUCAGUCCGGCCCCAGGAAUCGAACCCGCGACUUUCUAUUCGCAGUCAAGGGCUCUACCGACUGAGCUAAUCCAGCUGCGAUCGAAUAGUUUUAAUUCCGUGUGGACAGAAGGCUGAUUCGUUUUUAAAAAACUAUUAGGUGCAGUUUCGAAUAUAUCCGGAUUCGUGUGGACCAGGACCAUUAAUGUGAAUGAAUAGACGACAUAGACGUGUGGCCUAGUUCUCCAGUUCUAAGCAGAUUAUGCAAUGAGCUAGUAAUUAAAACCAGAGUUGACCACUUGCUGCGCUUUUCACAAACAUGCGAAUUCUGAAGUUCAAAAGCCAACUGACGAUUGCUUUUUUUGCUGCCGUCAAUCAUCUUAACGGACCUCUUAGGAAACAAAACUUUACUUUAACGGGUUCAAAAGGUCAUGGUUUGUGAUUUGUGAUCGGUGGAUUUGGAUCCGUUUUGUGUGUUUCUGUGUUUCAAGGUUCGUUGCUUGUGAUCGUAAUUAUGAUUGACGGCAGCGAAAAAGACGCAAUUUAGGUGAAGGUGGCGUUUGAACUUUAGAGUUCGCAUGUUUGUGAAAAAAGCAGUAAAGAUCCAUAUGUAGGAGAGGAUGCUAAAAAUUUCUUUCGGUGUCGUCGCUAACAAUACAGAGAGAGAAAAGUGAGAAAAUUCUCACUCAUUAUCUACAGUUGAUUUACAAAAGUUAACUGUCUGUAUUACUUUGUAUCCCAAGCCAUCUCACCCACACAAAACGAUAGUAGCAGUAGUAUGUGGUGACGUUGGUGGAAUAAAUUCUAUGGAACCCCUGGCAAUCGGAGCAGAGCGAGGACUUCCCAUUGUAGACGCUGAUGGAGUCGGAAGAGCUUUCCCAGAAUUGCAAAUGUUUUUGCCGUUUGUUUAUGGGAGUCCGCCCUACCCUGCAGCAAUUGGAGACGAAAAAGGAAAUGUUAUUGCUGUGGCCUUUGCUAACUCCCCUAAAAGUUUGGAGGACUUUUUCAGAGAGAAAACGAUUGAAAUGGGGUUAAGUAUAUAGCAGUUCAUGCUUUCAUUCUGCCAUGAGACAAUAAUGAGACAGAGAUCGAGGGAAACGCCCAGUCUACUCCUUAGAGGUCCGCAAACUUUUAUUCAGUGUUGUCAAGAGUGAGUAAUGGAACAUUAUGCCCUCUUGGUAUGUCGCAUUGCUUUGAGGCGAUCGUGUGUGAACUUAAUGAUGUUUGGAACAAUCAAUUAAAAUGUGCAAACGUCGCAGUAAUUAGACUUCCGCUCCAAAAUCACAACCUCCUGAAAUUCACAUGUCCCGGCCAAAGCCCUAAGAUUCCUUUUCUGUCCAAUCAUUGCUCUCUUGAUUCUAGUUAUCAAUAGAAAGCCUCAAGUUUUACUGCAUUUACAAGAAAUCAAGAAAAGAUUUGAUACAAGUAUCAGUGACUAGGUUCCUAGGGGGCAAAUAGGGGCUCAAAACUAUAAACUAACAAAUUUUGUUUGCCCUACAGGCUUAAGUCUUCUUCAGCCCCUCUUUGAGCACAAAUUAAACCAAAACUGUCCUAUCAAAUUCAUAUUCCGGCCAACUCCGGGACUCAUUUUGGCUUGGGCUCAAAUUAUCCGUUGAAAACUGGACUUACAUAAUGAUCCUAAUUAAGACAGCCAAAUUUGACUCCUUGUGUACUUUUUUUUACUUGCCGAAAUAAUCCAAAUUUCAGAACUGACUCAAUUCAUUUAAUAUCGAUAACUAAUGCAAUACUGUACUUUGACUUAUUUAAAGUGGCAAUAACAUGUGUUCUGUUUCUUCUCGUAGUUGUACUUCUGGCUUCGCUGUUGGUCUUGACUGGAAAGAUGUGAAAGAAAAGUGUGUCCCUUAUUCGCUUAGUAGAGUAUGGCGCCUGGGAAACUCUGUACUUCGCGCAAAACACAAAAAGGUAUCCCCUGUGAACAGCAUCCUUCAACAUGAGAAUGGAAAAGUGUUGAUCGCAGGAAAGGUUUGUAGCUCUGUAACAAUCAUCAUCAUGACAGCGAAUAACUGAGCUUCUUCGCGUUCUAACAGUUACACCAUACUCGCAUUCACACCAAAGCUGAAACACGUUUACAAGCUGUUUAGAAAACAAGGUUUAAAAUUGUCUUUUUUUUUUCUCCAUGAAAGCUGCUUACUAACGUUUGACUAUUGCAAAUAAUGUGCAAAUUACAGACAAUGUUAAACAUUUAUUUGAAUCUUAUGUAAACAUCUGUGUUCCGGUUUUCUAUUUAUGUUUUUCAUUUAUGAAACCUGGAUUAAUUAAACAUGUUUAGUUGGUGUGGAUGAGGCAGCGUUUAUUAUUUAAUGUAGAAAGCUACGGCGUAUCCAGCUCUAUUUCAUGCUAUUUUUCCUUAAAAAGUUGCCACUAACAGGAGAAAUUCUUUAAUGCUUUGUGUUAAGCCAGGUGGUUGUUUUUAGAUCGCUGAUGUCCAUCGUGCGACAGAAGGAGGAUUUAACAAGGGAAGCUUAAUAAUCGAGGGAUCAGCGAGAUUCAGUGGCAUAAAACUCAACAUCGACUUUCAGAACGAGAACUACGUGGCUUUCACCCUCAGAUCUGAUGGAUCUAAAGACGUUUUGGCCACUGUUCCUGAUCUCAUCUCUUUAGUUGAUGAAAACACAGGUCAACCGAUCAUAACAGAGGAAGUUCGUUAUGGUUUGCGAGUGGCUGCCAUUGCCUCCCCCUGCUUUCCACAGUGGGCAACCCCACAAGGAUUAGCAACAGUUGGGCCUGCGGUGUUUGGAUAUCAAGAUGUUGUUUACAAUCCUGUCAAAGUGUACAAGAAGCACCCUCCCAUACCAGUAGCUAGAAAUUAA